CUUGCGGAAGCGGAAGUGGAGUCCGUCCGUCGGGCAGCAGAACAGAACCAGUGUUCGGGAUGACAGCGAACGGACUGAAAUGGGUUUUUGAACGCGGACAGAACAUCAUGAGCUCGUAUAUGAUGCUGGUUCUGCUGCUGCUGGACAUUUACUCCAAAUGUGUGAUCGGGUAUCUGAGUUCUGCUCAUGUUGGUCAGGAUCCUCCGUUCACGGCUCAGCAGAACCCAGUGAUGAGCAGCCCAGCGGCCCUGACCUCGUCCUCAGCGUCUCCAGUGCUGACGGAGAACUACACGUCCAGGUGUCCCAGUGGAGGCCUGUGCAUCAAACUGCCGUCCGACUGCAUCACCUGCUCGUUCCAUCACAACUGCACCUUCGGGCGACCGGCAAACUUCACCUGCAGGAGCCGAGCCGGCGUUCACUGCGUGAACGAGCGUAACGAGCCUCAGCAGAACUUCUCGCUGGCGCUGCCGUGUCUCUUCUGCUGGCAGCUCGACUCGUCUCAGUACCGAUGCUCAAACUCCACCAGCUGUCAGACAGUGUCCUGUCCGCGCACACGCUACAACUCCUCCUGCGCCGUGCUGGAGCACGUGCACUGCCUGGGGAAGCGAGUGUUUCAGAAGCGUGUGUUCUGUAACUGGACUGGAGGAUAUAAGUGGUCCACGGCUCUCGCCCUCAGCAUCACUCUGGGCGGCUUCGGUGCGGACCGCUUCUAUCUGGGUCAGUGGAGGGAAGGUCUGGGGAAACUCUUCAGCUUCGGUGGUCUGGGCAUCUGGACCCUCAUCGAUGUUCUGCUGAUCGGGGUCGGGUACGUGGGGCCGGCCGACGGGUCGCUGUACAUCUGACAGUUCUCAACGCUGUUCUUGACUCACACACACACACACACACACACACGGUUCCUGACGCUGUUACUGCAACUCCUACUUCCCAGAUUUACAACCCGAUUCGCACGCGUCUCCAUCCAAACUCCCACUGUGGCAGAUUCCCAUCUGCUCUGAGUGUGUUCCUGCCUUCAGCUGCUCGUCACACCCAGACACACACACACACACACACACAC